AUGGGCAGAUACUCCGACGACCCAGCCUGGGCCGACAUCAUCCCGCUCCCCACCGACGAAGGCGGCCCCAACCCGCUCGCAGCCAUCGCGUACGACGACGAAUACGCAGAAGCAAUGUCGUACCUGCGCGCCGUCAUGGCCGCCAACGAAUUCUCCCCGCGCAUCCUCGACCUCACCGAGGACCUCAUCGACAUGAACCCCGCGCACUACACCGUCUGGCUGUACCGCGCGCAAUGCUUAUUCGCACUGAAAUCCGAUCUGCACGCCGAGCUGGCCUGGUUGAACGCCACGGCGCUGGAGCACCAGAAGAAUUACCAGAUUUGGCACCAUCGGAUGCUGGUCGUCGAUGUGCUGGAUUCGUGCGAAGGGGAGCGCGAGUUUGUGUCGCGCAUGUUUGAGCUGGAUGCGAAGAAUUAUCACGUGUGGAGUUAUCGGCAGUGGCUUGUGCGGCGCUUUGGGCUGUGGGAGCAGGGCGAGCUGGAGUUUACGCGGGACUUGAUUGAGAAGGAUGUGCGGAAUAACUCGGCGUGGAAUCAUCGGUGGUACGUGGUUAAUGGGAGGGAGGAGAGGGAGGAGGGGGAGGCAGGCGGGGUGGUGGGCGAUGCGGCGGUGAGGGAGAGGGAGAUGGAGUUUGCCAUGCAGGCGAUUGAGAAGGCACCGCAGAAUCAGAGCUCGUGGGGCUAUCUACGUGGGAUUGUAAGGAAGGCGGGCCUGCCAUUGCAAGGGUGCAAGGCGUUUGUGCAGCGGUUUGCGAGCUUGGAGCAGCCGGAUGAGGUGCGGUCGAGCUAUGCGUUGGACUUCAUGGCGGAGAUUCUGGCGGAGGAGAAGGGGAGUGAGCAGCAGGCGGCACUGGCGUUGGACAUGCUGGCGCAGAAGUACGAUCCGGUUAGGAGGAAUUACUGGGAGUAUCGCAAGGGUUUGCUGGGUGUGGAUGCGGUUGCUGCGUGA